GUAUCAGUUAAAAAUGGCGUCCAAAUUCAGCAUUUCUGCUGUAAACGCACUAAACUAUGACGAUUUUUUGAGGAAGUUUGGCAAUGUUGUCGAGAUGACUCCCUCAUGCGCAGCUGGGGUAUAUUCUGCAAGGCCUUUUGCGUCCUUUGAUAGCUUUGUCGGAGCCCUACAUCAAUUUAUUGACGACCUUCCGGAGGAUAGUAGAGCUGAAAUUUUGCGAAGCCACCCCGACCUGGCAGAUCGUUUGGAAUCAUUAACACCCGAAUCUCAGAGAGAGCAGACGCAAGCUGGAAUUACUACACUUAGCCCCGAGGAAAUAAAACAAUUGAAGCAGUACAACAAGCUUUACAAGGAGAAGUUCGGGUUUCCAUUUGUGAUCUGCGCUCGAAUGAACAACAAAGAUGCAAUUUUAGCAGGGAUCAAAACUCGCUUGAACAAUGAUGGCGAACAAGAAUUGAAAUGUGGGAUUGAAGAAGUGAAAAAGAUAAUGUUGUUAAGGAUGAAAGAUUUAGUAGAGUGCGAAGACUCUAAACUCUAACGAGCUUUUAUGGCUUCCGGCUUUCUAAAUGGAGGUGUUGUUCUUUAUUGCUCAGUCUUUGUAACUUAAAUUUUGAGGAGAUAGGUACAAAUAGGUGGAAGGAGUGGUCCAUACGUGAACCAG